GUAAACCAACAUGUUUUUAAUUUCCCUCACAUCAACCGCUUCACAAAGAUGACGACGGGCUAGCCCGACUUUAACAAGAAAACGCGGAUGUAUAUAAGUUAAAUAAAAUAUAAUCUUAAAUUACAUAGUAACACCAUAAUAUAAACCGCGCAAAGCAGCCCAUAUAAUGGCUGUCCGGGCCGGAGAGCGGCAUGCCGGGGGCAGAUUUAUAUGCUUCCUUAUUCUACUGAAUGUCGUGUUGUUCUCAGCUGGAGUUUCGGCGAAUCAAGAAGAAAAUAAAGUCGUUGUUGAAGAAAAGCCCGUAGAGCUCCAAAAGGCAUCCACCGGUCAUGCACCUGGCCCGGCAGUCAAUGUCGAUGAGCCCAGUCAAGGAAACCUGGGAUUCAUUCAUGCUUUCGUGGCAGCCAUUUCAGUUAUUAUUGUCUCGGAAUUGGGAGACAAGACAUUUUUCAUCGCAGCCAUCAUGGCCAUGCGCUACAAUCGCCUUACUGUUUUGGCGGGGGCCAUGUUGGCUCUGGGACUCAUGACGUGCCUGUCAGUCCUGUUCGGUUAUGCCACCACCAUUAUCCCAAGGAUCUAUACUUACUACAUAUCAACGGCACUGUUUGCCAUCUUUGGUAUUCGUAUGCUGAGAGAGGGGCUGAGGAUGAGUGCUGAUGAAGGUCAGGAGGAGCUGGAGGAGGUGCAGGCCGAGAUUAAAAAGAAAGACGAAGAGCUUCAACGCUAUAAGAUGGCAAAUGGCGCAUCUGAUGUGGAGGCAGGGGGAACAGCGACCAUGUUGCCUCAGAGGAAGUGGCACAGCGUGAUCUCACCCAUAUUCAUUCAGGCACUCACACUAACCUUCCUUGCCGAAUGGGGCGACCGCUCGCAGCUCGCUACCAUUGUGCUUGCUGCAAGAGAGGAUCCAUUUGGAGUAGCGGUUGGUGGUACACUGGGACACUGCCUGUGCACAGGACUGGCAGUUAUUGGUGGAAGGAUAGUUGCUCAAAAGAUCUCUGUCAGAACUGUUACAAUAAUUGGUGGGAUUGUGUUCCUGGCCUUUGCAUUUUCUGCCCUCUUUAUCAAGCCAGACACUGGAUUCUGAUAUUGAAGUGAAUUUUGGUUUCCUUUUGUACAUACAAUCACCACAGUACAGACCCAGAACAGCUGCUUCAAAGAGAGACUCUUCAAAGACUGAAUUGUGGAUGGUUUGGUUGUAUGUGUUUUGUGUGUGUGUAUGGUUGAAACCAUGGCUGAAUGAAAACAGUUUACGGCUCACCUCUCAAUGAGCAUUUCAGGUUUUUCAUUGUUUAAUCCCUCCUAGUUUCUUUUCAGCCAGACACUUUUCAGUUUUUAAACAUUCACCACAUUUCUACAGUAUGCCACACCUGCCAAUUUACCUGAACUUGCCAGAAGUAUAUAGGUCCUGGCACUUAGUAACAUUUUUAAUCAAUCAAGACUUUUUCUAAAGUGUUUUACACUGAUUGAACGGUGCAUUGUGGGUAAAUGGUGUCCCUUUUGGAUUUUAUUCAGGCCUGAUUCUCCUUCACUAUAAGAGUAGAUGUAAAACUAAGACAUAAAAAGCACCCCUCACCCUUCUCUAUGACAGCUUGUGCUGUCUAGCCAUCUAAAAGCGGAAAAUCUACCCCAUUGCACGGUGAUUUAAGCAUCAACAGUCACGAUUUCUUCAUCAAUUACAACUUGCACAUUUUAAAUGCUUUUUGCAUUUAAUCAAUAGUCAUACAGAUUUGUGUGAGAUUUGGCUAGUUUUAGACCCAUUAUCACUUGUGGCCUUUAAACCCCAGUUGUGAUAUUUAUAGGUCAUCGCUGUUUAAUCAUAAAUGCUCCUCCCUAUUUGCAUCAUAUGUUAAGGCAAGUCACGUUUUUCACAAAUUCCCUUGAUAAAAGCAUAUUGGCGUUCAUUUAAAAUCUGCUUGUCAAUGUUUAGUUCAUUUUAAGUCGUCCAUAGGUUUUAUUUAUUGGAUAAUGCUUUAUGAUGAAGUUAAAUAUGCUGACGUUAGUUAAUGCAUCAUGAACUAUCAAGGAGCAACAUUUUUGAUUUUGGUAUUAAUCUAGGUUAAUGUAGAUGUAUAUGUAGAAAUAGAAUGAAUAAGAUGAAUAAAUGCUGUACAGGUGUAGUUCAUUGAUAUUUUAUUGCAUUAGCUAAAGUUAACAAAUUGAACUUUGUUGUAAAGUGUCACUGUUUAUAUAUUACGAAGCACAGAUAUUUGAAUUUGUCUAGGCUGAAGUAUUUUCUGUUCCAAAAUCAAGACGGGCAUAUGCUGUUUUUGUAACAUUGACAUGGUGACUUUGUCAAUAUUUGACAGGAGAUGUUUAAUAUUGGAAGUAUGCUGAGCUAUCGGUGACAGAGGAAUUUAAUGUACCGUGAUUCCUGUAAAUAUUAAAUAAAUCUAAGUCUCA